CAGUGGGUUACCUUUUUCUUAUUUUGUUAAUGAUUAAGUAAUCUAGACAACAUAAAGGGUUCAAUUAUAGCGAUAUAUAUUUUUGCACAUUCUAAUAUGCUUAGAAGUUAUGCUGGAGGUCUAUUUAAAUUAGACUUUCUAAAGGGAAAUAGUUUCCACAGAUACAGAAGAAAUUAACAGUGGCAAGCCCGAACCAGCCUGGAUAAGGUCGUCGCGUUAUGAUGAGCACAGCACUCCCGCAAGAAUUUAGAGAUUGUAUGCAAUUAUACCAUAUUUCCUGAAGGAGUUAUUAUUUAGAAGGAGUUAGACUUAGAAUAGUGUUUAGAAUAAUUCCGCCUGUUCAAUCGGAAAGAUCUUACAACACUUGGAUGGUAUUGUGAUUAUCGCUGACUACAUAAUAUGUACAACACCAGUCGAUGACGUACAACGUACGCAACUAUUGGUUGACGGAUGCGGCUACUGAUCAGAGGAACGCAAACGAAAGUGACUAAAGUUGUAGCGAAAAUGGCAGGAUGCUCUUGGUUCUUGGUGUUGGGAUCUGUCUUUUUGUGCAAUCUCUUCAAAACACUAUUGCCGUCUAUUUUUUCUUUCCUGUCAAAGGUCCUUCAGAAAGAUGCUGAGCAUGAGAGGCACAUGAGGGCUGAAAUCCAAGAGAUGAAGAAGGAGCACAACUCUGUUAGCAUGAUGGAUGAGUUUGCCAGAUAUGCCAGACUAGAGCGCAAAAUCAACAAGAUGACUGACAAGUUGAAGACACAUGUGAAGUCAAGAACUGCACAACAAGCCAAAAUGAAAUGGGUUGUGAAUAUCAUUUUUUACAUCCUACAGGCUGCUUUGAUGAUCUCACUCAUUUGGAAGUAUUAUGCUGACCCUGUGACUGUUAUACCCAAUAAGUGGAUUUCUCCGCUGGAGUGGUUGGUGGCAUUCCCAUCUGGAGUAGCAGGUGGUGUUGGAAUCACAUGCUGGCUUGUGGUGUGCAACAAAGUGGUGUCUAUUGGUCUAUAUUCUAUUAGCUAAGGAAUGUGUUAUUUUCAUGUCUUAGGGCCUAUUCACAUUAACCAGAUUUAUCGGGAUUACAGACUGAUUGUUGUGAGGUAUCUCUUGAAGAACACUUGCACAUUACCUAGGAAAGUAAUACGUGACAAAGGUUUUUGCCAGUUUACGUUCUAUAUUUUGUUUAUUACUCCCUCCAAACUCUCAAAAAGUGUUGUUAAUGCCAAUGAAACUCUGCAGUGUGAAUGGGCCCCUAUUUAAUCCUCAUAUGCUCUGAGAUCUAAUCAGGCUACCACUGUGUUUACACAGGCAGCUGAAUUCAGAUCUCUUAUGUAUCAAAUCAGCUCUGAAAAAGAUUCCAUGUGACUGGUCAAAAGGCCAAUUGAAAUUGUAUUGCCUGUGGAAAUUAAUUAUAUUGUUGACAAACACAAAGCACAUCGUGUUAGAAAUUGUCAGUGUUGUUGUAUUUAAGGGUCUCUUCAUCAGCAUCUUAAUGUUUUUUCACAAAUUGCUGCAUCACAUAAUGAUUGUAUCAUGUAUUGUUUUACCCAAUUCAUUACCUCAAAAACUAAUUGAAUUUGAGUAAUAAUGUAAGUUUAUUUUCAAAGUUUUGUUUCAUUUUGUCUAUUGUUUUGUUAAUUGGUCUGUGGCACAUUUAAAUUUGUUGAAUGAAAUAUAGCAAUGUUUAUUUUAGAAGUGUUAAAAUAUCCACAAUAAAUAGGAAUACAUU